UAACUCCUUUGCACCAUCUAACCACAUAAUUCUGUUCUCUUCUUUUACCGUCUUGCCGAAGCCUCAUCAUCACCACCAUCUCGGGUGUCUCCACGCCUGCUAUCCUCCUCUUCCUCCUCCUCCUCAGCCCCCCUAGUGGCCUACCUCUUCAUACCGCCACCACCACCACCUCCUUAAACCUCUUUUGGGAGGGCCUUCCUUCCUCGUUUCCAGAAAGAACCCCCAACUAUGGGCUUAGAGCUCGUCGACGUCCGUGAAUUUCCACCACUUCCGGUUGUGCGGACGACCGGGACGGGCGACAAGCCGGUUGCAGAAGGCCCCUCCGAGUCUGGUAGCGAAGGAGAGGUGGAGUGCAGUACACCCAAGUCGGAAGAGCUUGAACCGAAGCCGGCAAUGGUGUGCCCGCCAGCCCCGAGGAAGCCUCGGCCGGCCAAGAGGAAGCUCGGCCCGCCCCCGAAGGGUUACUACCCGGUCCCAAGCGACCUCGCGUCGGUCUUCGUCCCCCUCUCACGCCUACCAAACAAAAGAAUUCGAGUGGGUUGAUCUUAUCCUUGUAAUUUCUUUGUGUCCCCAAGACCAAGAAAACAGCUUCCUUCUUCUCUCUUCUCUUAUCUUCUUCCUUUGUCUGAGAAUAAUAAUGGUUAGUUCUUUGCA